AUGGCUGACGGACGCAGAGGUCGUGGUAGACCCAGAACCCAGAAUUCGGACUCUGAACCGCUAAGUGGUAGUGAAGGUUUUCAAUGGCCUCAGUUUAUGCAACAAAUGCAACAACAACAGAAUCAAUUCAUGCAACAGAUGAUGCAGCAGUGGAAUGGUGGUUUGCAUCCUCAGGGAGUUCCACAAGUAGCAGCAGGUGGUAGUUUUCGAGAUUUCUUCCGCAUGAAUCCUCUAGAAUUCCAUGGUGGGCUGAAUCCUGUGAAGGCUCAGGAGUGGAUAACUGACAUGGAAAGGAUUUUUCAGAUAGUGCAUUGUAAUGAAGAAAAUAAGGUUGUGUUUGCCUCUCACCUGAUGAAGGGUCCAGUUGUAAGAUGGUGGGAGAGUGCUUCGACUCUUAUGACCAAUCAAGGAAUACCUAGAGAUUGGGAGCAUUUUAAGACUGUUUUCUUGGAUAAGUAUUUUCCUAGUUCUUUGAGGACUCAGAAAGAGUUUGAAUUUCAACAGCUCAGGCAGGGAGCUAUGUCAGUAGCUGCGUAUGCUGAAAAGUUCGAAGAUAUGGCUGCGUAUUCUAGACAAGCCGCGUACGCUCCUGAUGAGAGGUGGAAGAUUGAUCAGUUUCUUUUUGGUCUGAGGGGUGAAAUUUCUCAUAGUGUUUCUCAAAGGGAAUUCAGUUCUUAUGUUGAACUAUUAAGACAAUGUUAUGUGGCUGAGAACAGUUUGAAGAAGGUUCAGGAAGAAAGGGAUCAGUACAGGAGUGGGCAGAGUGACCAAGGAAGGCCAGGAAACCAGUUCAGGCCUAGAUCUCAGACUUUCAAGGGGAAACAGGUGCAACAUGCAAGACCUAACCAACCUCCUCAAUGUCAGGCAUGUAAGAAGUAUCACUUUGGAAGAUGUGGUGUGAGUGGAAUUAGGUGUUUUACUUGUCAGAGGGAGGGACACUUGUCUAGGGAAUGCCCUCAGAAUAAGAAUCAUAUGCAGGGGAGGAGUAUCGGUCGAGUUUAUACCUUGGAUGCAAGAAAGGCUAAGAGCAACAAUGCCUUAAUUGCUAGUACGUGUCUCGUCAAUAAUCAUCCUUGUUUUGUAUUAUUUGAUUGUGGGGCGACACACUCUUUUGUAUCAAUUCGGUGCAUGAAGCGUCUUGGCUUGCAAGCAAUUCCUUUGUCUCCUCCUAUGGUGGUUACUACCGCCAUGGAUGAUGUGGUUGAGACAUCGUUGAUUUGUGAAAAUUGUUCGCUCUCGGUAAAUGGUAGAGUUUUUCAUAUUGAUCUUAUUUGUUUACCACUUAAGAAGGUUGAUGUGGUUUUGGGGAUGGAUUGGCUUUCUGCCAACUCGGUGUUUAUUGGUUGUGAAGAGAAUUUGAUUAUCAUUCCAUCUAGUGAAGCUACUCCAAAGGAUGUGUUAACUACAAUCUUGGAAGGUACGGUUCGCAUGGUUAAUUUCUUGUUUGAGAAUGAAAAGUCAGUUCUCUUGGCUCUUACUAAGGAAUCUAGUGAUAAUCUGAAUGUUACACAAAUCCCUGUUGUUUGUGAAUUUCCAGAAGUUUUUCCUAAGGAUGUCUCCUCUCCUCCUCCUGAAAGGGAAGUGGAAUUCUCUAUUGAUCUGGUACCUGGGACGGCUCCAAUCUCCAUCUCUUCGUAUCGCAUGGCACCACUAGAGUUGAGAGAGUUGAAGAAUCAAUUGGAAGAGUUGUUGACCAAGCAUUUUAUCCGACCGAGUGUCUCACCAUGGGGAGCUCUAGUGUUACUAGUAAAGAAGAAGGACGGUAGUAUGCGAUUGUGUAUUGAUUAUCGUCAAUUGAAUAAAGUUACCAUCAAGAACAAGUACCCUCUGCCUCGGAUAGACGAUUUGUUAGAUCAGUUGGAAGGAGCAUGCGUGUUCUCGAAGAUUGAUCUGCGAUCGGGCUAUCAUCAAAUAAGAGUUAAGAGUUCGGAUGUGCCGAAGACCGCGUUUAGAACCCGAUAUGGCCAUUAUGAGUUCCUUGUAAUGCCGUUUGGUGUAACGAAUGCCCCAGCUGUUUUCAUGGACUAUAUGAAUCGGAUAUUCCAACCCUACUUGGACCAGUUCGUGGUGAUCUUUAUUGAUGACAUUCUUAUUUAUUCUCGUACUCCUCAAGAGCACGGAGAACACUUAAGGAUUGUUCUAUCAGUAUUGCAAGAGAAACAACUGUUUGCCAAGUUAAGUAAGUGUGAAUUUUGGAUGAACGAAGUGAGGUUUCUUGGUCAUGUGAUAUCACAAGGAAGAGUAUCGGUGGAUCCAUCUAAAGUUGAAGCAGUUACCAAUUGGGAAAGACCGAAGAAUGCUUCCGAAGUCAGAAGUUUCUUAGGUUUGGCAAGUUACUACCGAAGGUUUAUAAAGGGAUUUUCACAGAUAGCGUUACCAAUGACUAGACUUACCCGAAAGGAAAUUUCUUUCAAAUGGGAUUCAAAGUGUGAGAAGAGUUUUAUGAGUUUGAAGGAGAAGCUGACGACUGCCCCUGUUUUAGUCAUCCCUGAUCCUGGUAAGUCCUAUGAAGUAUUUUGUGAUGCCUCUAAGAAAGGAUUGGGAGGGGUGUUAAUGUAG